AUGAAGCCGCGGUCGCCCGGCAGCUGCCAGGGGACUGCAGGGGCCCUUGCCGCAGGCGGGCAGCUAACAGCAGCAGCAGCAGCUGCUGCUGCUGCUGCUGCAGCAGAAGCACCUGUAUUAUCUGGAAUUGCAGCAGCAGCAGCUGCUGCGCCUGCUGCAGCGGCAGCAACGCGGCCUGUAGCAGCCAUGGCUCGCCCGGCUGCAACAACGUGCCCUGCAGCAGCAGCAGCAAGAGCAGCAGCAGCAGCAAGAGCAGCAGCAGCAGCAGCAACAAAGAUGAGCUGUUUCUCGCUCUCUCGCUCAAAACACUGCAGCCGUUUGCUUCUGCCUUCGCGCGCCCCUUCAUCUUUGCUGCUGCUGCUGCUGCUAGCGCCGAGCUGCGCUCUGCUGCAGGCGUCCCCUGCUGCUGCUGCUGCCCCCAGCAGCAGCAGCAGCAGCAGCAGCAGCAGCAUGGAUAUGGACAGCAUAGGGGCAGCACUGGCUCUGGGCGGGGAUGGGGCUGCUUUGAGCUGCCCCUCUUCUCCCUUAACCACUCCGGUGUCUGUACGGCUGCUGUGUUUUGCUGCUGCUUUUUAUCUCUCCGUGCUGCUGCUGCUGCUGCUGUGGCUGCUGUACCGGAGGUUCUUGUGGGCCUACCUCUGCAGCAGACAGACGAAGCUCGCGCAAGCAGCAGCAGCAGCAGCAGCAGCAGCAGCAGCAGCGGCGGCGGGCAGCAGCAAAGACCCGGGCACCCCCUCCAAAGAACCCCCAGAAGCAGCAGCAGCAGCAGCAGCAGCAGCAGCAGCAGCAGCAGCAGCAGCAAGGGCGCGGGUGUGCGUGAGCCCCAUAGAAGACCACGGGGGCAUUUACAUGCAGCACUGGGGGCUGCGGGUGUCUCCUGUGGGGUGUCUGGUGUAUGCUGCUGCUGCUGCUUCCGUGCUGCUGUCUGUGCUGCUGCCUUUCAUUUCGGGAUUUGCUGCCAGCUCUUUGCUGCCAGCAGAAGUGUUCGUGCCUUGGCUGCCGGCCUCUGCGUACGAGGAGGUGGGGCUCUUUUCCGCAGCAGCAGCAGCAGCAGCAGCGCCCGCAGCAGCAGCAGCAGCAGCAGCAGCGCCCGCAGCAGCAGCAGCAGCAGCAGCAGCAGCAGCAGCGCCGGCCAGCCCGCAGUGCGUGAAGCUCCGAGUCUACAUCUUUGCUGCUUGCUUCUGCUGGUGUCUUUUGUGGAUGUUGGGAAUUCAUUUAGUCCGCAAGAAGUUCCAUUUGCUGCUCUUCAGUCCUUCCUGUCUUUCCCGCUGCUCCCACCUCCUCGUGGACAGAAAGCUGCAGCAGCUGCUGCCCAGCAGCAGCAGCAGCAGCAGCAGCAGCAGCAGCAGCCGCAGCACCAGCGGCAGCAGCAGCCCCGCCAGCGCAGACGCAGUCGCGCUGCCCCCGAGGGGCCCCCACCUGGGGGGCCCCCUGGGGGGCCCCCAGGGGGGCCCCCAGGGGGGCCCCCAGGGUACCAAGGGGGCCCCCAAAAUAGAAUUUCUUUGCGAAAGAGAUGACUUGGGGGAGCCUUUGCUGCACUCUUCUGUCUGCAAAGUCCGCCGCUACUACCCGCAGCAGCAGCAGCAGCAGCAGCAGCAGCAGCAGAAGCAGCAGCAGCAGCAGCAGCAGGGAGAGGAGGGCUGCUGCAGGUAUGUCGACGUGGCCCGGGUGCGUCUUGUCUUCGAUUCUGCUGCUGGCUAUUUCGUGUCUGCUGCUGCUCAGUUGGAGCGGAGAGCCCGAAGGGCUGCGAAGGCUCUAGCAGCAGCAGCAGCAGCAGCAGCAGCAGCAGCAGCAACGGGAGAGGACGCGGAAAGAAGAGCGGGAGCAGCAGAAGCAGCUGCAGCAGACGGCCAAGCAGCAGCAGCAGCAGCAGCAGCAGCAGCAGAAGAGCGGUUUGUGGCGUGUUUGGAGGAGCAGCUGCUGUCAGCAGCAGCAGCGCAGCAGCGGCAGCAAGCUGUGGGGUCGCGUUUGCUGCAGCAGCAGCUGCGGCCGCUCUCGAGCUUGUUUGCUGCUUCUUUUUUGCAAGAUGAAUUCUAUUUAGUGACUCUUAUGGCUCUUUGGUAUCAAGUCUUUUCUUUGAACUCUCUUCAGUUUUGCAUUUUGCUGCUGCUGCCUCUCUGCGAGCUUAUCUAUGGAGUCUUUUCUCUCCACACAGCAGAGCAGCAGCUAGCUGUCAUACUGCAGCGCGAAGCAGCAGCACUUGCUGCUAGAAGGGCCCUCUGUCUCCGCCGGGGGGCCCCCCCGGGGGCCCCGGAGGGUCCGCGGUUCGUGCUGCAGCGGGUGUCUGCUGCUGCUGUUGCCCCGGGGGACUUGCUGCUGCUGCAGGCCGGAGAUGAAGUGCCCUGCGAUUUGCUGCUGCUGCACGGAGCUGCUUCUGUAGAUGAGUCGCAGCUAACAGGAGAGUCAAAGCCAGUGUGGAAGAGGCCCCUGGAGGCCCCCCGGGGGCCCCCCGCUGCUGCUGCGGGGCAGCAGCAGCAGCAGCAGCAGCUGCUGCAGCAGCGCAGCAGCAGAGCCACGCUGGAGGAAGCAGCAGAAGUGCUGGAGAGCGAUAUUAAGACCCCCUUGAGCUUGGGGGGUUUGUCUUGCUGCUGCAUCUUUGAAGGUUCUCGAGUGGUGCACUGCAGCAGCAGCAGCAGCCUGGAGGCUGAUUUGCUGGGUGGCGAUUUGCCUUCCUCGGCUGCAGCAGCAGCAGCAGCAGCAGCAGCAGCGGCAGCAGCAGGAGGCGCAGGAGGCGCAGCAGCAGCAGCAGCAGCGGGAGGCGGGCUGCUGCUGGCGGAGAAGGAACUCGGAGACGCUGCUGCUUUGCUGCUGCUGCGCUGCUGCUGCUGGGGCGUAGCCACAAGAACAGGGGCGGAAACUUUGCGGGGGCAGCUGCUGCGGCAGCUGCUGCUGCCGUCUUUGGUGCGCUUCAAGUACAACGAGCUGUUCCCCUUCGUGCUGCUGCUGGUGGCACUUUUUGCUGCUGCUCUUGCUGCAGUUCAAACUCCGUUUACAAAAAGUUCUGUUGAUGCUUUUCGCUUUGCCCUCGAGAAGCUGCUGCGCAUGCUGCCGCUCUACUUGCCCGCGCUGUGGGGUCUUUGCGCCAGCAUCAACGCCCACAGGCUCAGCAGCAGCAGCAGCAGCAGCAGCAGCAGCAGCAGCAGCAGCAGCAGCAGCAGCGGCGGGAAGGGGGGCAAGAAGACGUACAGGGCCACGGCGGUGAUGCCGGGGCUGCUGCCGCUGGCAGCAAAAAUAAAUGUAAUGUGUCUUGACAAGACAGGGACUUUGACGCAGCAGGAAAUGUCUCUUGUGGGAGUUCAGCCAGUUUCUGGGGGGGCUUUUGGGCCCUUUGCCCUUUGCCGCGAGCCCCGAGCAGCAGCAGCAGCAGCAGCAGCAGCAGCAGCAGCAGCAGCGGGGGCGGCGGGCGGCGGCGACGCGGAGGCCGCAGGGGCCACCGCCAUCCCUGUGGAGCAGCAGCAGCAGCAGCAGCAGCAGCAGCAAGAAGCAGCCUCCCCAAGGGGGGCCCCCGGAGAAGAGGGGGCCCCCCUCUUCGGGGGGGCCCCCUGGGGGGAGCUGGAUACGGGAUCGGUGCCGCUGCUGCUGCUGCAGUGUCUGGCUUGCUGCAACUCGCUGCGUGUGAGUGCGCACGGGGUGGCUCUGUGGGUGCGGAAGCAGCAGCAGCUUGCUGCAGCAGCAGCAGCAGCAGCAGCAGCGUGGAGCCCGCAGCAGCUGCUGCAAAUAGCAGACUUCAACCCCCCUCUUUCUUUCGCUGAAGUCCAGGGGGCCCCCAUAGAAAGACAGGCUCUUGCUGCUAGUGGCUUUCGCCUCAUAGAAGUGCCUUCAGGUGUACAUACACCUCAAGACACCCCACAACUCCUCAGGGCCAACACCGCGUGGGCCUCCGACCUGCAGAGACACCGCAAAACCCGCCAGUUCUUCGUCCCCAGCAGCCCCGCGCUGCAGCAGCAGCAGAAGCAGCAGCAGCAGCGGAAGCAGCAGAAGCAGCAGCAGCAGACGAGGCCGUGA